UUGAGUUAUCUGGCGCUGCAAGAGGAGGGUCUCCUCCUUGUGGACCCACUCACUGACUCCGCCCACACCCACCCAUCACCAUGGCGCUGACGCUGUGGUUACUGUGGGUGUGUGUCGCCACCCUGGACAACAUCAGUCCAUCAGAACAAGGUAUGAGUCGUGCAGCGAUGCCCUUCGGCCUGAUGCGGCGGGAGCUGGCAUGCGAGGGCUACCCCAUUGAGCUGCGCUGCCCAGGAAGUGAUGUCAUCAUGAUCGAGACGGCCAACUACGGCCGCACCGACGACAAGAUCUGCGACGCGGACCCCUUUCAGAUGGAGAAUGUGCAGUGUUACCUGCCCGACGCAUUCAAGAUCAUGUCACAAAGGUGUAACAACAGGACCCAGUGUGUUGUGGUGGCGGGGGCUGAUGUGUUCCCAGAUCCCUGCCCAGGCACCUACAAAUACCUGGAGAUCCAGUAUGAGUGUGUCCCUUACAAAGUGGAUCAAAAAGUAUUCGUCUGUCCCGGCACGUUGCUGCGGGUUCAGGACGCUAAAGAGGUGAAGGAGGCGGAGCAUCAGUCGGGGGCGUGGUGUAAAGACCCGUUGCAGGCGGGCGAUAGGCUGUAUGUCAUGCCCUGGACGCCCUAUAGGACGGACAUGCUGUACGAGUACGCCUCCUGGGACGACUACCGCCAGAGCAGCGUCACCACCACCUACAAGUUGCCUAGCCGUGUGGACGGCACAGGCUUUGUGGUGUACGACGGCGCGGUGUUCUACAACAAGGAACGCACGCGCAACAUCGUCAAGUACGACCUGCGCACGCGCAUCAAGAGCGGCGAGGCCAUCGUGACGGGCGCAAACUACCACGACACCUCGCCCUACCGCUGGGGCGGCAAGUCCGACAUCGACCUGGCCGUGGACGAGAACGGCCUGUGGGUCAUCUACGCCACCGAGACCAACAACGGGAGGCUGGUCGUCAGCCAGGUGAACCCCUACACGCUGCGCUUCGAGGGCACGUGGCAGACUACGUUCGAGAAGCGUUUGGCGUCCGAUGCCUUCGUGGCGUGCGGCAUCCUGUAUGCUGUGCGCUCCGUCUACCAGGACGACGACAGCGAGGCGGGAGGUGACCUCAUCCUUUACGCCUACGACACGCGGCGGAACCGUCCGGAAACCGUGCGCAUCCCCUUCCCCAACCCCUACCAGCAUAUCUCCUCGGUCAACUACAACCCCCGCGACAACCAGCUCUACGUGUGGAACAACUACAAUGUGCUGCGCUACCCGCUCGAGUUCGCUCCACCUCAACCCACCACUGAGCCGGCGCCCCAGUACACCAGCACCACCCCUCUCUCCCCCCUCUACUCCACCACGCUGUCCCUGGGCUUCAGUGCCACGCCCCCGCGCCCGGCCGCCACGCUCCACCCGGUGGGGGCCAUCAACCGGCGCCCCAUCACCGCCACCGUGCCCCUCCUCACCCAGCGGCCCCCGCUGCUCCGCCCGCAGGGCCCCCGCGCCCCCCAGUGUGACGGCAGGGUCACCAGGGGCGUGCAGUGGCCCCCCACACACAGGGGGGAGACCGUGGAGAGGCCGUGCCCUAAAGGGUCCCUGGGUAUUGCCUCCUACCAGUGUUUGCUGUCUCCGGUCAUGUGGAACCCCAGAGGCCCUGACCUCAGCAACUGCACCUCACCCUGGGUCAGCCAGGUAGCUCAGAAGAUUAAGAGUGGGGAGAACGCAGCACACAUCGCCGGCGUGCUGGUCAACCACACCCAGGGGCGGAUCUACGCCGGUGAUGUCACUUCCUCUGUGCGCCUGCUGGAGCAGAUGCUGGACAUCCUGGACGCGCAGCUGCAGGCCCUCCGCCCUGGAAACAAGGAGUCGGCCGCACGCAGCUACACCAAGCUGCAGAAGCGUGAAAGGACCUGCCGAGGGUUCAUCCAGGCGGUGGUGAAGACGGUCGAUAACCUCCUAGACGCUCUGGACUCCUGGCAGGACAUGAACAGCACUGAGCAGUCACACACUGCCACUAUGCUAUUGGACGUUGUUGAGAAAGGAGCCUUCCUAUUGGCCAAUAACCUCUACGAGGGGCGGUUCAGUGACCGGGCACCCAAUGUUGAUCUGGAGGUGUAUGUUCUGAACACUGAGGCGGAUGUGCAGGACCUCUCUUUCCCUCACUCCUAUGACAGCGACAGCACCAUCCACCUCUCCUCCAGCACCAUCAAGCAGUACAGCCGCAACGGUCAGGUGAAGGUGGUGUUUGCCAUGUUUAAGAACCUGGGUUCCUUCCUGACCACGGAGAACGCCUCGGUGAAGGCGGAGUCAGCGCUGAGGCCACCAGGCCGUCAGCUGGCGGUCAACUCCCACGUCAUCUCUGCAUCUAUGAACAAAGAGUCCAGUCGAGUGUUCCUGACCGAGCCGGUGGUGUUCACACUCAGACACCUACAGCUGGAGAACCACUUCAGUCCAAACUGCACGUUCUGGAACUACUCGGAGCGCUCCAUGACGGGCCAGUGGUCCGUACAGGGCUGCAAGCUGCUGGAGACCAACAGCACACACACCACCUGCUCCUGCAGCCACCUCACCAACUUCGCCCUGCUCAUGACCCAACAGGAGCGCAAUGUGCGCGGGCCUAUGGAGGAGCUGCUGCUGGUGGUGAUCACCUGGGUGGGCAUGGUGGUGUCUCUGGUGUGCCUGGCCCUCUGCCUCACCACCUUCUGCCUGCUGAGGGGCCUGCAGAGCGACCGCACCACCAUCCACAAGAACCUCUGCCUCACCCUCUUCAUCGCACAGCUGCUCGCGCUCUUCGCACGCAUGGACAAGAUACAGUACCCUGUCCUGUGCCCAGUGCUGGCUGGCCUGCUCCACUUCUUCCUGUUGGCGGUGUUCUGCUGGCUGUGUGCCGAGGCGGUGCAGCUCUACCUGCUGCUGGUGGAGGUGUUCCAGAGCGACGUCUCGCGCAGGAAGUACUACUACCUCUGCAGCUACGGCCUCCCCGCCAUCAUCGUCGCCAUCUCCGCCGCCAUCGACUACCGCAGCUACGGCUACAAGAAAGCCUGCUGGUUGCGUCUGGACAACUACUUCAUCUGGACGUUCAUUGGUCCCGUCUCUCUAAUCAUUCUGUUCAAUCUGGUGGUGCUGAUGGUCACACUGCACAGGAUGAUCCGCCAGUCCACCGUCCUCAAACCAGACUCCAGCCGCUUCGACAACAUCAAGUGUUGGACUGUGAGCUCUGUGAUGCUGCUGCUGCUGGUGUCUCUGACGUGGGCCUUUGGCCUCCUCUUCCUCACGGAGAACAGCGUGGUCAUGGCCUACCUCUUUACCUCCUUUAACGCCCUGCACGGCCUCUUCAUCUUCAUCUUCCACUGCGCCCUGCAGAAGAAGGUCCAUAAGGAGUAUAGUAAGUGCUUGCGUCACUCCCCCUGCUGUGGCCACUCCUCCAGCUCCGCCUCCCACGGCUCCCUCAAGAGCUCCGCCCACCGGGGAAACAGCCGUUACUACGGCGGCAGCCAAUCACGUCAUGCCCCUGCACACAGACAGAGUCGGAUCAGACGCAUGUGGAAUGACACCGUCCGCAGACAAACCGAGUCUUCCUUCAUGGCGGCAGACAUGAACAACACCCCCACCCUCAACCGAGGCACCAUGGGCAAUCACCUUUUGACCAAUCCGGUGCUCCAGACUCGCGCUGGCACCUCCCCCUACAACACCUUAUUGGCCGAGACCUUCAAUCCUCCCUCCCCCGCUGUGUUCAACCCUUCUUCACCUGCAGUGUUCAACUCCACAGGAACAUACAGAGACUCAAAGGGGACCUUGUCUCGCAGCCGUGAGUCCAGCGGACUGGAGGGCGUGCGUCUGAAUGGCAACUACAACAACAGCUAUUCGCUGCACGGCGUGGGUGGCGGCAGCACCGACUUUCUAGGGGUGGGCGGAUCUGUCCAAGGGGCGUGUCUGGGGAGCACUGCUCCACCCUUGCUGACCCGAGAGGGGCGGAGCACAGCGGCGCUGCGGAGGAGGAGGAGGAGGAGGGAUGCGGAGGAACCUAUCGGACGCCGCCGCCCUGGAGAAGAUGAUCAUCUCCGAGCUGGGCAACGGGAACCGCCCCAGCGACCCUUGCCCCGCCCACCGCCGCCGCCCCCUGACGAUGAGGACGAGCUCCUCUACAAGGCCCUGGAGAAGCCCCGCCUACCCGACAAGCCCCGCCUACCAGAGAAGCCCCGCCUCCUGGAGCACCACCACACCCAAUCUGUGUUCUACCAGAGCGAGGAGGAGUCUGAGAGCCUAUCGGCCGAGCUCACGGAGAGCAUGGGCGGAGCCGGCCGGGACGAGACUCUUCCUACCCCGACAGCAGCCUGA